UCCGAUCUCCAGAUGAUCGGCCGGCUGCUGCCCUAUAUCAACGCGCAUUGCAAGGCGGUCAGCCUGCACGGCAUAAUAGCCAACGCCGAGGACAAGUUCUAUGAGCUUCUGCGCCAGAUCACCGUGCCCAUCCAAGAGUACCAUCUCAACCCCGACCUGGUGCCCAAUGGCAUCGCGACCGACCAGACCACGCGCCCGCUGAUGCUGGAGAGCCUAUACACCCAGCGACAACUCAAGUCGCUACAGUGCUACUACUCAUUGGGUGUCAGCGCGUUCUAUGAGCGCCUGCCGCGAACGCUCACCAGCUUCCAAUUCAACGCGCAGUAUCUCAACAUGCCCAACAAUUUGACCGAGUUCAUGAAGCAGUGUACCGCGCUCGACACGCUGGAUCUCCGGAUAACGGGUCCGUUCGACGUGGAAUGGGCCAUCCCCGAUCUGUUUGAAUACUUGGUCGAGAACAAGACGAUCACGAACCUUACGCUCAACUGUCCCAACGUCGACUCUGUCCUGGGCUGUCUGCGACUGAACACGACGCUGCUCAAGUUGCGGAUGUAUCAACAGUUUGGAAACGAUCAGACUCUGCUGCUGCCCAAGUACCAGCAUGAGCAGACCAGCAACAACAUCGUCAACUACACAAUACAGAGCUUGCUGUUGGACACCAAGCGCCUAUCGACCGUGGCGUGCAACAGCCCCACGGACUACUUUGCUGGCCUGCAUCACCUGGAGAUACAUCUAUCGAGUUAUUACCGCGAUUGGAUUGACACGAGACUUGGCCAAUGCCAGACACUGCGCACGAUCAAGUUUGGACAGGGCACCAACUCGACGAUAUUGUUGAAUGCCGUUGAGAAGCUGGCCACGUGUGGAUCACUGUCGAUGAUAUCAUUUGGCUAUCUAAGCUUUGAGGCAAAGGACAUGGCUGACAACAUUGUCAAGUGUCUAGAUCAAUGCAAUUCAGUGUCGAUCAUCAGAAUUGAUGAGAGCAGCUUGAGCAAUGAAAGAUUGAUCAAUGCCAUGAGGAGUUCAAAAGUGUACAAGUUUCACAAGAGGAGACAGGACAUCCAGUAUCAUCAUGUUUAUGAGAGGAAGAUCAUCCUCACUUGA